UUAUGCAUAUCAUUGUAUCUACAGAGCUUAUUGUCAAGGGCCAGGACAAAGGCAUCGACGAGCCGGAGAGUCGCCCUGUUUAAGAAUGUUGAUUCCACAAGCAAAGCCUGUCUGGACGGAAGACGAAACCAGACACCUCUAGUAAACAUCAACCCCUUCACCCCGGACUCCAUUCUGGUGCAAUCAUCGACACUACAACGAAACAACAGGAAACGAGCACACUGGAAUGACUCAUGUGGAGAGGACAUGGAUGCAAGUGAUCCUGAGAUAGAGGAUGAGCUCAUUCCACCCUCAAAGAGGAUCACAAUGAUGGAGAAUAACAACAUGAUGUCCAGAUAUGCAUCUGAAUUCCAUGAGUUGGAGAAGAUCGGCUCUGGAGAGUUUGGUUCUGUUUUCAAAUGCGUCAAGAGGUUGGACGGUUGUAUUUACGCCAUCAAACGUUCCAAAAAGCCCCUGGCAGGCUCUGUGGAUGAGCAAAAUGCACUUCGUGAGGUAUAUGCACAUGCAGUUCUUGGACAGCACCCCCACGUUGUGAGGUAUUAUUCUGCUUGGGCAGAAGAUGACCACAUGCUGAUCCAGAAUGAGUACUGCAACGGAGGAACCCUGUCUGAUGUUAUUGCUGAGAACAAUAGACGCAUGCACUUCCUUUCUGAGAUGGAGUUGAAGGAUCUGCUGUUGCAAGUCUCUCGUGGACUCAAGUACAUUCACUCUACAGCACUUGUUCACAUGGAUAUCAAGCCAAGCAAUAUAUUCAUUUCACGCAAACCUGCUGCUAGUGUCGAGGAAUUUGAAGAUGAAGAAGAUGGUCCCACCACAAGAGUGGUGUACAAAAUAGGUGAUCUAGGUCAUGUUACAACGGUUACCAAUCCACAAGUUGAAGAGGGUGACAGCAGAUACCUGGCAAAUGAAGUUCUUCAAGAGGACUACAGUAACCUGAAAAAGGCAGACAUAUUUGCCCUUGCUCUGACUGUAAUCAGUGCCUCUGGAGCAGAGCCCCUUCCUACCAAUGGAGAAAAGUGGCAUAAAAUCCGACAGGGCAUCCUGCCCCAUAUCCCACAAGUGCUUUCUCAGGAAUUUUUAAGCUUGUUAAAGCUUAUGAUCCAUCCUGACCCAACACGGCGACCCUCAACCUCUGACCUCGUCAGACAUCCUGUUCUUCUGACUGCUUCCAGAAUGAGUGCUGAUCAGCUGCGUGUAGAGCUCAACGCUGAGAGAUUCAAGAACGCACUUCUGCAAAAGGAGCUAAAGAAAGCUCAGAUGGCAAAGGCGGCAGCAGAAGAGAGGUUUCUGACCACAGACCGUGUUCUUACACGUUCCACAGUCCAAUCCAGCUCCAGAACUUCUCGACUCAUCGGGAAAAAGAUGAACCGUUCUGUUAGUCUCACCAUUUAUUGAACUGAACCCCAGACAAAGGAGAUGACCAGCCCUAAGUGGGAACUACAGUGGUGCUUAUCAAAGACUUGGGCAACAGACAGCUUUGUCUGUAGUCAGAAGGAUGACGCAGACUGUUUUGUGACAUAGUGCUUAUACUGUUUGGUACAAGUACCAUGGUCUUUACUGAAACUUGGGUCCUUCUGCAUUGUAUAGGCACUAGUGUCUUGAGUACAUAAUGCAGAUCUGCCCUUACCAUUUAGGUGUGCCUUCUCAAAAUCUCUUUGACAGAAUUGCCUUAAGAUGGACACUUUUUUUUUUAGUGUAGUUCUGUCUUCCUAAUCUUUGCUUUAAGUUCCAUAGGUAAGGGUCAGAAUGGUCUCCCUGCACUUGCUUUCUCAGAGGUGCAGUGUUGCUCUUUACCAAAUGGGAGAUGUGUGCCCCUAUUGAGCCCUGAUAUGUGAUGUACCAGAUCAAAGAUUUGUGCACCUUACUGCCUGUGAAAAAUGCCUGUUGGGUCACAGAAGUUGGUGGGGCUUGAGUUAGAUUGCCAUUAAAAUGAGCACUUUGGAGGCAAUGGUGAGCUUGCCACAGAAAGCCUGCUGCUAUUCAUGUUUGUCUGUAUCCAGUUAGGGUUGGAAGAUUUUUUUUUUUUACUUUUAAAUAAUUGUAUCCAUCCCAACAAGCAAUAUUUCAUAAUCUCAUCAAGUUCCAGUAACUUUUUUUUUGCAGAUUUUACAUCCAGACAUUAUUAUUUUUUUUUGCUCUGUCUAAUCUUGUCAAAUCUUGAAUUUAACCAUGUGACAAACCAUGCUUAACUGGCAGCAAAUGAUGAUUUAAAUGUACAUAUGCCUUUCAAAUCUCCAACCCUGUUUGUAGCAUUAAAACAAUCUUUGUCCAGUUCAUCUGAUGUCCUUAGUUAAUAAUGUAUAAUUCUGACUUUUGUGUUACUUCAACUACAUUGAUAGGGUACUGUUUAGAUUCUUUGGUCUUGUUAAUCCUCAACUUCAUUUUGUCUGUAAAUACGUUCAUUUGAAUAAACCGU